GCUGCUCAGGUGCCUUUCUGACGAACCCAACAUUUAGAGCAAAGUUCUAUAAAGAGAACCAUUUGUGUCUUCUUCCUUGUUCCUCACUCAGAAACGCCUUAACUUCUGAAGAGGAUCCUGCUUGGAGAAAGAAUGAUCUCAGGAGCUUAGAUUUUACAGCUGGGUUACAUGUUCUGUGUUUGAACGAGGUUUACUUUGUGUGACUUCUGAGCCAGGAGAGACGUCUCAAUGGUGGUGCUGAGCAAGGGUGAUCAUGUCUGGGUGGACUCUGGCCUCGGGGUCCCGGUUGGGGCUCGGGUGAAGGCUUUCGAUGGGAAGCAGGUUCUUCUGUUAGACGAUGAGGGGAAGGAGCGGUGUGUGUCAGAGAGAGAGCAGGCGUCUCUCAGAAUCAUGCACCCCACGUCGGUGGAGGGAGUGGACGAUAUGAUAAAGCUGGGAGAUCUGACUGAGGCUGGUGUGCUCAGGAACCUGCUGAUCCGACACAAACAGGACAUUAUCUAUACGUACAUUGGUUCGGUGUUGGUGGCCUUGAACCCCUAUCAGCUGUUGCCCAUCUACACGGCGGAUCAGGUGCAUCUGUACCACGGGCGUCGCCUGGGAGAACUGCCCCCCCACAUCUUCGCCAUCGCAGACUGCUGCUACUACAACAUGCUGAGAAACCAGUGUAACCAGUGCUGCAUCAUCAGUGGUGAGUCUGGAGCAGGGAAGACGGAGAGUACGAAGCUGAUCUUGCAGUUCCUGGCAGCAGUGAGCGGGCAGCACUCGUGGAUCGAGCAGCAGAUUCUGCAGGCCAACCCUGUCCUGGAAGCAUUUGGAAACGCCAAAACAAUCCGCAACGACAACUCGAGCCGUUUCGGGAAGUACAUCGAGAUCUUCUUCAAUAAAGACGGUGCGAUCGAAGGAGCUCACAUGGAGCAGUACCUGCUGGAGAAAUCUCGCGUCUGCCAUCAGGCCCCAAUGGAGAGGAACUACCACAUAUUCUACUGCCUUCUCUCAGGGAUGCCCAAAGAUCAAAAAGAUGUCCUCUCACUCGGCGACGCCACGCAGUUCAGCUAUCUCACUGAGGGAAGCUGCUUCACGUGUGACGGACGAGACGAUGCUGAAGACUUCAUCCGCAUCCGUUCAGCCCUUAGAGUCCUCACCUUCUCCGACAGGGAAUGCUGGGAAAUAUUUAAAUUACUGGCGGCCAUUCUUCACCUGGGCAACGUGGGGUUUGAAGGUGGUUUGAUGAACAAUAUGGACUCGUGUGAAGUUUUAGCCUCUGACCAUUUUACUGCAACUGCUAAACUGUUAGAGGUUGAUGAAACACAUCUGGAUGUGAGUUUGACGACUCGCACGUUUCUGACUAAGCAGGAGCAGGUGGUGAGACGUCUGAGCCCAGACCAGGCUGAGGACUGCAGAGACGCUGUGGCCAAGGCGAUCUACACCAGACUGUUCAUAUGGAUUUUUGGGAAAAUGAACAGCGCCAUCCGUAAGCAGCAGACGAGCAGCUCCUACACUCCCACCUCUAUCGGCCUGCUGGAUAUCUUUGGCUUCGAGAACUUUGACGUCAACAGUUUCGAGCAACUGUGCAUUAAUUAUGCUAACGAGCAGCUGCAGCAGUUCUUUGUGGAGCACAUCUUCAAGAUGGAGCAGGAGGAGUACCUGAAAGAAGGCGUCACGUGGAAGAACAUCGCCUUCACUGAUAACCAGCAGACGCUCGACCUGCUGGCUGUGAAGCCGCUCAACCUCCUGUCUCUGAUCGAUGAGGAGACGCACUUCCCCAAGGGAACAGACAAGUCCAUGUUAAACAAAAUGAAUGAUAAACACCACAGCAGCAAAAUCUACAUCCCACCCAAGACCAACCACAUCCUGCAGUUCGGCGUCCGACACUUCGCCGGUGUUGUUCGUUACGACUGUAAAGGGUUCCUGGAGAAGAACCGAGAUGUGUUGAAUUUGGAUAUCAUCACAUUGAUCCAGAAAUCCUCCAGCAAGCUGCUCAGGCAGAUCUUCGAGACGGAGCUGAGUUCCUGCCAAACCAAACCCCUUAACAACAAGCACAACAACCACCACAGGAUCAUAAUCACACACAAGAAACCCACACAGGUGUUACAGCAGGGGAACGAGCAGAGGAAACACAUCUCCACUCUGAGCGUUCAGUUCAGACAUUCUCUAGACGCUCUGAUGAAGGCCCUGUCUCUGUGCCAGCCGUUUUUCAUCCGCUGCUUUAAACCCAACGACAGCAAGGCCUCCAUGGUGUUCGAUCGGGAUUUGUGCAUGCAGCAGCUGCGUUAUUCCGGUAUCCUGGAAACCAUUAAAGUGCGCAAACUGGGAUUUCCGAUCCGGCACAGGUUUAAAGAGUUCCUGGACCGAUAUCGAGUUUUACUGAAGACCACUGACUGUGACCCCAGCAAGGAGUCUGCGUCUGAUUGCUGUAACGCCAUCUGCAAGGCCGUCAUUAAAUGCCAGGAUGACUGGAGGAUGGGAAAAAACAAAAUCUUUCUCAAGGAUCAUCAUGACUCAUUUUUAGAGCGGGAGAGAGAGCGGGAACUCAACAGGAAAGCGCUAAUCAUCCAGAGAGUGAUGCUCAGCCACAAAGACAGGAGGAUUUUUAUAAGGAAAAGAAGUGCAGCUGUGACUCUGCAGAAGAACUGGCGCUCAUACAGGGACCGGAAGGAGUUUAUUAAACUGCGUCAGGGUCUGGUGCGUCUCCAGGCCGUGAUACGUGCCAGACAGCGCUUCCUGGAGUACAGACGCCAACGAGCCGCUGCCGUCACGCUGCAGAGUCACACUCGCAGCUACAUCGCCAGGAAAGACCUGAAACACAAACGAGAUUCUGUCAUCCUGCUGCAGGCGCAAACCAGAGGCCUGCUCGCCAGGAAACAACUCAAACGCUUACAAGAUGAUGCAUACUUGUCGAUCCAGGAACGUCAGGAGCUCAUGGCUCCAGAGAUCCAGCCCAGGAUCACUGAGACCUUUCAGCAAACUGCUACUGAAGACAAACAAGAGGAGGACAUGAGUGAUGAGGAAAUGGUGGAAAACAUGUUUGGAUUUCUUCCAGACUCUACAGACAGACGGGAGGUUCCGAGGCAAAAGGGCGAUCAGGAAGAACAAACUGUGGAACUGAAGGAGGACAAAGCGUCAGAGAUACAAUCCUUUCAGAUGGUAGUAACUCCAGCUACAAAUGACGAUAAAAUUGAAGAAGGAGAAGAGGAAGAAAAAGAAGAGGAAGAAAAAGAAGAGGAAGAAGAAGAGGACGACGAUGACGAGUUCUCGUUCGCAAAGUUCGCUGCCAUGCAUUUCCAGCACUCUGCUACUCACACACACAUCCAGCAGAGACUGAAGCACUCGCUGCUCUACCACGAGGACGAAGGAGACACGCUGGCCUGUUUGACUGUAUGGUGGAUCAUCCUGAGGUUUAUGGGUGAUAUCCCUGAGCUGAGACAGGCUCGCCUGUCCAUCAACCCCGAACUCAUCCAUCAGCACCUUGGUCAGCGCCAGGGUCGGCGGCUCAGUCACCUCGUUGGUCUGGAUCAGAAAAUCCUGCGUAGGAAACAAAAACAGAACAAACAAAGCAACAAUAAGAGGAAACACUCUGCCAUUCUGGAGGAGUUAACCAUUGAAGACAUUGUUGAAGAGGACGAUGUUCUGAUUGGAGAAGGACCCAGUUUGGAUCGUCCCAUGCCCUCCUUGGAGAAACUGCACAUUAUUGUAGGAUACGCCUUGCGCAGACCUCACGUUCGUGAUGAGAUCUACUGUCAGAUCUGUAAGCAGCUGUCGAAGAAUAAGAACCAGAAGAGCUGUAAGCAAGGCUGGCUUCUCCUCUCCAUCUGUCUCGGGAUUUUCCCUCCAACUGAACUUCUGACUCGAUACCUGAAACAUUUUAUUCAUCAUGGACCUGCCGAGUUUUCCUCUUCCUGUGCCGAACGUCUCCAGAGAACACUGACUAAUGGCGAGAGGAAGGAAGUGCCAUGCUGGAUUGAGCUACAGGCUCUGGAGAUGAAGAAGGCCUUGAAGGUGGACGUAACCCUGAUGGACGGACGUGUCCUCACUCUGGGAAUGGACUCAUCCAGCACUUCAUCAGAGCUCUGCAGCGCCGUUGCGCAGAAGAUCAACCUGAAGGACACGUUUGGAUUCUCGAUCUACAUCUCAUACUUUGAUAAGAACUGGUCUCUAGGUAGCACCAAGCAGCACAUCCUGGACGCCAUCUCUCAGUGUGAGCAGGAGGAACGGAGGCAGGGACGAGAGGAGAAAGGAGCUCCAUGGCGUCUAUCUUUCCGGAAAGAGCUCUUCACCCCCUGGCAUGACUGCACCGCUGACCCCAUUAGCACAGAGCUUAUUUACACACAGAUCAUCCAAGACCUCAAGUCUGGAGAGUAUCAGUGUGAUAUGGAGGACGAUUAUGUGCAGCUCGCAGCGAAGCACUAUUACAUCAGGUACGGCGCGGAGUGCAGCAGGGAGAAGACGAAGAGCAUCGUGUGGGAGUGUCUGAGCCUCAGUCUGAUCGAGAACAAAUCAGAGGUCAAGCUGGUGCAGCUGGUCAGCGACGCCCACGAGCAGGGCUCAUAUAUAAACUCUGGAGCAGAUCCUGAAGUUGUGAAAGCAGAAGUGGUGGAGUACGCACGUCUCCACUGGCCCAUCUAUUUCUCUAAAUUUUACCAGGCCUUCAUAGUUUCAGGUCCCAAUUUACCUGAAGAGAAGAUGGUGGUGGCUGUUAACUGGUAUGGCAUCUCGUUCCAGGAAGGAAAAGAGAAAACGUACCUGAAGAUCCCUUACCCUGAGGUGACAGGGGUACAGAUAGUCAGCGAGAGUCGGAUCGGGGAGGUGGUCUGUCUCUCCACCCUGAGGGGUGAGUACAAGCUGAGGGUACAACAGGUCCACAGCAUGGUGGAGCUCCUUACUAUGUUCCUCGACGGGCUGAAGGAGCGCUCCGUCUACGCCGUGGCUGUACAGGACAGCAGCAGACAAGACGACUCGAUGUUGCUGAGCUGUAAAAAAGGAGACCUCAUCAACAUCAUCAAAGAUGGAGAGUUCGCUCCUGAGGGAUGUUGGAUCAAUGGGAUGAACGACAGAACCGGUCAAACCGCCGCUGUUUCUACGGACAACAUCAUGAUCCUGCCGACCCUGAGCAGACCCUCUGAUGACCUUCUGAAUCUGUUGACUCCGAAUCGGAAGUCUGUGCUGAUGGUUCCACCAAAGGAGGAAGUGAACGCGGAGAGAGUGGCUCAUGUUUCACUCAAAGAGUUCUCCUUUGAAUAUUUCAGAGAGACGGGAAAGGACGCAGGACGUCUGGGUAAAGCACGAGUUCGAGAGAAACUGUGGGUGAGAUCCAGAGAACCUCUCAGACAGCCGCUACUGAAGAGCCUGCAGCAAGACCCUGAGCUCAGCCAACUGGCCUGUGCCUCCUUCACUGCUAUUAUGAAGUACAUGGGUGACUAUCCCAUCAAAAGCACAAGAAACCCUGUGGAGCUGAUGGACCAGAUAUAUGGACCUGCGCUGCAGCACCCUGAGCUCAGAGAUGAGCUUUACUGCCAAAUCAUGAAGCAGUUGACCAACAACAACAAUGGGUUGAGUGUGGAACGCGGCUGGCAGCUACUGUGGCUUUGUUGUGGACUUUUCCCUCCCAGUCAGGCUUUGUUAAAACACACCCAACGCUUCUUAGAGUCCAGACCCCGAGAGCCGCUAUCAGCCGCCUGUCUGAAGAGAUUUCAGGGGAUGCUCAGAAUGGAAGCCAGAACAAUGGCUCCUCAUCACGUGGAGGUGGACGCCAUUCAGCAGAACAGCUCCCAGAUCUUCCACAAAGUUCACUUCCCCGAUAACACAGCAGAGAUCUAUGAAGUCACGUCCACGACGAGGAUCCGUGAUCUGUGUCGCAGUAUCGCCAGUAAUCUCAUGCUCUCCUCUGCUGAUGGAUACAGUCUCUUCGUGAAAACCACAAACAAGGUGGUGAGCAUGAACGAGCAGCAGUACUUCUUCGACAACCUGAAGGAGCUCACAGACGUGCCGAAGAAAGGAAAGAAAACCAAAGAGGUAACUCCAGCAGCUGUUCCUUAUCUGGUGCUGUUCAUGAGGAAGCUCUGGUUUAACGUCAUUCCUGGAAAAGAUCUGAAGGCUGACCUCAUGUUCCACUUUCCUCAGGAGUUGCCGAAGUAUCUGCGCGGUUACCACAGUUUGGAGAAGGAGGAUCUGAUCGCUCUGGCUGGACUCCUGUUCAGGGUUCGAGUGGACGCAGACCGAUCACAGUUCGUCAUGAUCCCCAAAAUGAUGAAGGAGCUCGUACCUGCUGAUCAGCACAAGAUCAUGUCUGCUGAGGACUGGAAAAAGAAUAUAAUCAGUACAUAUAAUAAGCAGGCAGGAAUCACAGUGGAUGAGGCUAAAGUGCGCUUCCUGAAGAUCAUCUCUGCCUGGCCCACGUUCGGCUGUGCUUUCUUCGAAGUGAAGCAAACCUCUGACCGUUUUUACCCGAACCUCAUCACCAUCUCCAUCAGCAAACAAGGAGUCAGCCUCAUCGAUCCCAAAACCAAGGAGGUGCUGGUUAUGCAUCCGUUCAGCAAAAUCACCAACUGGUCGAGCGGCAGCACCUACUUUCACAUGAACAUCGGCAACCUGGUGAAGGGAAACACACUGCUCUGUGAAACCUCUAUGGGAUAUAAAAUGGAUGAUUUGCUGAACUCCUAUGUGAACAUGUACCUGCACGAGAGGACGCUGGUGAGACAGACGAGCCAGCGCUUCUUUUAAAGAAACCCCAACACACGCACACACACACACACACACACACACACAUCCUAUUUAAUAGAUUUUAUUUAAAAUAUUAGUUGAAGUUUAAACUUUAUGAAUAAUUUGACUUUUUGUUGAAUCAAAUAAACGAUGCAACAGAGUCUAAAAUAAAAAUCUGAAUAUUGCA